AUCUAUUUCCACAAUUCCCCGGGACGUGUAAAUGUCCUACUUCAAUUCGUUUGAGUGUAUUGUUGUAUUAUAGUUUUGCUAAAUUCUUUUCUAUUUUUAUUCAACUUAGCUUUUAUUUGUGUAGUUUUUUAUUCACUUAAAUGCAUUGUGGGUAGUCCAUCAUGCGUAGGCUAUAUGACAAAUACACUAACUAAUAACGAAAGCUGAAGUUCACGGUUUCACGUAAUCCAUAGCCCUUCUCAUACGGGCUAUAUAUAUAUACAUGUGUCAAAGUCAACCCCUGUAGGUGUGAUCGCGUCGUCAGUCGUAUUCGUCAGAGAUGGGACCGCUACAUAAAGUGGCGCAACAGACGUGAUGACAGAAACUCGUCCCUCGCUCUACUGCUGCGGUCAAAACAAAACUGACUGCGGUUGGUCCGGCGGAUGAUGAAUGAGGAGAGGUUUGAUAAUCCCAUUUACAGCAGCUGCCUUGGUCCAAUGGGCUUCGCCGAAGGAGACCGGGAAUCCUUACGGAAACCAUGCAACCGAACUCACCUCUCAGGGUCUGAAUGCGUCAGAAGACACUACAUACUACUGCUGUGUGUGGUAGUAGUGGGGUGUACUGUGGCUGUCAUAAGUCUGUUUGCCCAGAAAAACAAUCAAAUUGCACAGAGACAGCAGUCAAAUAUUGAAACCUCCGCGGCAGAGAGAGAAGAGAUUAAGUCUCUGAAAUCAGAGGACUACAGCGUUCUUCUAAAUAUGAUUUUAAAGCAGGAAGGGUGGAGGUAUAUCAACUCCAGUUUGUACUACAUCUCUACUGAGACCAAGUCCUGGGGUGAGAGCAGACCUUACUGCCAACGGAAGGGAUUGGACCUGGUGACCAUAAACAGCAAAGACGAAGAGGACUUUCUCCUUGAAGUGGUCCGUGCUAAGAAUUUGGAUGUAGCCUGGAUUGGUUUGUCUCCCAACAACACAAAGGAGAUGUCAACACGGGUGAAGAGAGGUGUGGGGCCAGAGGAAGGUGCUCAGGACGAGGACUGUGCUAAGCUUACGCUAUAUGAGACACCUGCAGUGAAAGAAGUAACCGGGAGACAAUGUGGGACACAAAAAUACUGUAUUUGUGAAAAAUACCUGGAUGUCAAAAAGUGAGGGAACAACUGCUAGCUUCAGCUUUUCUUUUUAAAUGGAGGGAACAACUGCUAGCUUCAGCUUUUCUUUUUAAAUGGAGGGAACAACUGCUAGCUUCAGCUUUUAUUUUUAAAUGGAGGGAACAACUGCUAGCUUCAGCUGUUCUUUUUAAAAAUGGAGGGAACUGCUAGCUUCCGCUUUUCUUUUUAAAUGGAGGGAACAACUGCUAGCUUCAGCUUUUCUUUUUAAAAAUGGAGGGAACAACUGCUAGCUUCAGCUUUUCUUUUUAAAAAGGGAGGGAACAACUGCUAGCUUCAGCUUUUCUUUUUAAAAAGGGAGGGAACAACUGCUAGCUUCAGCUUUUCUUUUUAAAAAGGGAGGGAACAACUGCUAGCUUCAGCUUUUCUUUUUAAAUGGAGGGAACAACUGCUAGCUUCAACGUUUCUUUUUAAAUGGAGGGAACAACCGCUAGCUUCAACGUUUCUUUUUAAAUGGAGGGAACAACUGCUAGCUUCAACGUUUCUUUUUAAAUGGAGGGAACAACUGCUAGCUUCAACGUUUCUUUUUUUAAAUGGAGGGAACAACUGCAUUUUCCAAGAAGCAACUGUUAGUCAUUCCAGUCAGGUUGGUGAGGGUUUUACCCUGAGAUACACAUAUGCAACAUAUAUUAAGGAAAGUUCCAUGGGUAGUUUUCUGUGGUAGGAAAACCCCCCUGCAUUGUUCCAAUACGCAAAAGCACUUUCAGUCAAUAAGCUUUCCAUUUUAGCCAGACAGUUUUCAACUGAAGUCAAUGGGCAGAUGGAUAAAAACAUUUUUUUUAUAUUUUUUUUCAAGUAAACAAAUAUUUCACAUGAAUUUCUCGUAAAAACAACAUUUAGUAAAACAUUGUGUUUAGACGGGGGGCUGACACAGCAGGGUAGGAACACACACCGUACACACACACACACCUUACACACACACACACACACACACACCAUACACACACACACACACACCAUACACACACCAUACACACACCAUACACACACCAUACACACACACCAUACACACACACACACCAUACACACACACACACACAUACACACCAUACACACACACCAUACACACACACACCAUACACACACACACCAUACACACACACACCAUACACACACACACCAUACACACAUACACACCAUACACACACACACACCAUACACACACCCCUUCAGCCUCUCAUUGGUAAAGGGGUGAAGGACAAUCAGCCUCCAUCAAUGUUUGACUAAAUGUUUUUUGUUUGACAUGAAAUUUUUCUUUAAAAAAACAACAUUGAUUAAAAAAUAAAUCUGUCCAUUGACUUCAGUUAACUAGCUAACUGGCUAAAUCUGGCACACAAACUGCAAUGUUCAAAUGAAAUUAAAUGUAGUGUAGUUUAUGCUACAAGGGUAGGCAACCCUGGUGGGUUGGAUUUAGCCAAUCACAGGGCUAAGAUAUAUUUGUAUUAGUCCCUGUUAUAGUCCAGGAACAGGGUUACCUUCCCCUGUUCCAUGUACAGAAGAGAAUGUGAGGUAUUAUAAAAUAAUACCAGUUUUAUUUUUUAUUUUUUUUCAUACUGUAAGUAAAAAUCAUUUAUUCUAAUUCUUUACUAUACUAUUGUCCUGUGACACCAAAAGUCUGAAUGUGAUUUAAUAUUGGGGAGGCAGGUAGCCUGGUGGCUAGGGGAGGCAGGUAGCCUGGUGGCUAGGGGAGGCAGGUAGCCUGGUGGCUAGGGGAGGCAGGU